CAGGCUCAGACCGGGGAGAGGCCGUUCACAUGCUCCGAGUGUGGGAAGACAUUUACUCGCUCAUUCCACCUUCUGACACACCAGCAAAUUCAUACUGGGGAGAGACUGUUCACCUGCCCUGAGUGUGGGCAGGGUUUCAUUCGGUCAUCCCACCUGCUGAGACACCAGCGCAUUCACACCGGGGAGAGGCCCUUCCUCUGCUCUAAGUGUGGGAAGGGAUUUAUUCAUACAUCUGAUCUGGUGAAACACCAGCGAAAUCACACAGGGGAGAGACCGUUCACCUGCUCUGAGUGUGGGAAGGGAUUCACCCAGUCAGCCAAACUGUGGAUACACCAACGAGUUCACAGUAGGGAGAGACCGUUUCACUGCUCUGAGUGUGGGAAGAGAUUCACUCAGUUAACCAACCUGCUGAGACACCAGCGAGUUCACACUGGGGAGAGGCCAUUCACCUGCUCCGAAUGUGGGAAGGGAUUCACUACCUCAUCCCACCUUCUGACACACCAGCGCAUUCACACCGGAGAAAAGCCGUUCAUCUGCUCCAAGUGUGGGAAGGGAUUUGCUCAUUCAUCCAACCUGCUGAGACACCAGCGAGUUCAUACUGAUGAGAGACCGUUUCAAUGCCCAGACUGCGGGAAGAACUACAAAAGCUCUGGGGAACUGAUGUCUCACCAACGUGUUCACACUGAUGUGACACCGUUCAAGUGCUCUCACUGUGGGACUGGGUUCAGACGAUCAUCUGACCUCAGGGUACAUCAGCGCAUUCACACUGGGAAAAGGCCAUUCACCUGUUCAGAGUGUGGGAAGGGAUUUACUACCUCAUCUUACCUUCUAACACAUCAGUGCAUUCACACUGGGGAGAGGCCAUUCACUUGCUCCGAGUGUGGAAAGGGAUUCACUCAGUCAUCCCAUCUGCUGACACACCAGCGAGUUCACACUGGGGAAAGGCCAUUCAACUGCUCUGAGUGUGGGAAAGGAUUCACUCAGUCAUCCAACUUGCUGACACACCAGCGAAUUCACACUGGGGAGAGGCCGUUCACCUGCUCCAAAUGUGGGAAGGGAUUUACUUGUUCAUCCCACCUGCUGACACAUCAACGAGUUCACACUGGGAAGAGGCCGUUCAGCUGCUCCAAAUGUGGGAAGGACUUUUCUCACUCAUCAAACCUGCUGAGGCACCAGCGAGUUCACACUGGCAAGAGACCUUUUAAAUGUCCAGAUUGCGGGAAGUGCUGUAUAUGUUCCAGGGAACUGAUGUCCCAUCAAUGUGUUCACACUGGCGAGAGACCAUUCAGGUGCUCUCACUGUGGCAUUAGAUUCAGCCGAUCAUCUGACCUCACUGUACAUGAGCGAGUUCACACUGGGGAGAGGCCGUUCACCUGCUCCAGGUGUGGGAAGGGAUUCACUCGGUCAUCCCACCUGCUGACGCAUCAGCAAAUUCACACUGGGGAGAGGCUGUUCACGUCCUCCGACUGUGGGAUGAGAUUCAAUCAGAUAUGCACGCUUUUGGGACACCAGCGAGUUCACACUGGGGGGAGGCCGUUCACCUGCUCUGAGUGUGGAAAGGGAUUCCCUACCUCAUCCCAACUGCUGAUGCACCAGCGCACUCACACUGGGGAGAGACCAUUCAGCUGCUCCAAGUGUGAGAAGGCAUUCACUUGUUCAUCCCACCUGCUGACACACCAGCGGGUUCACACCGGGGAGAGACCAUUUACCUGCUCCAAGUGUGGGAAGGGGUUUGCUCACUCAUCAAACCUACUGAGGCACCAGCAAGUUCACACUGAUGAGAGACCUUUUAAAUGCCCAGACUGUGGGAAGUGCUAUAAAAGUUCCCAGGAACUGAUGUCCCAUCAACGUGUUCACACUGACGAGAGACCGUUCAGGUGCUCUCACUGUGGGACUGGGUUCAGAAGAUCAUCUGACCUCACUGUACAUCAGCACAGUCACACUGAGGAGAAGCCGUUCACCUGCCUCGAGUGUGGGAGGGGAUUCACUACCUCAUCCCGCCUGCUGACACAUCAGCGAGUUCACACUGGGGAGAGGCCGUUCGCCUGCUCCGAAUGUGGUAAGGAGUUCACUCAGUCAUCCCACCUGCUGACUCACCAGCGCACUCAUACUGGGGAGAGGCCAUUCACCUGCUCUGAGUGUGGAAAGGGAUUCACUACCUCAUCCCAGCUGCUGACACACCAACGCACCCACACUGGGGAGAGGCCAUUCACCUGCUCCAGGUGUGGGAAGGGAUUCACUUGUUCAUCUCACCUGCUGACGCACCAGCGGGUUCACACUGGAGAGAGACCGUUCAUCUGCUCCAAAUGUGGGAAGGGAUUUUCUCACUCAUCCAACCUGCUGAGACACCAGCGAGUUCACACUAACAAGUGACCUUUUAAAUGUCCAGAUUAUGGGAAAUGCUAUAAAAGUUCCCAGGAUCUGCUAUCGCAUCAAAGCAUUCAUUGUCGUGAGGUCAGGUGCUCUCAUUGUACGACUAGGUUCAGGCAAUCGUCUCACCUCACUGUUACACCAUUGUGAUUACAAUGGGGAGAGGCUGUCUCAUGCUCAGAGUGUGGGAAGGGUAUUGAUCAGACAUGCAUCCUUCUCAGAUACCAGCAAGUUUUCACUGGGGAGAGGCCGAUCAGCUGCUCCCUGUGUGGGUAGGGAUUCAGUCAUACAGCCUGCUGUUGGACAGUCACUUGCUGUUUGUGUGGGUCGGGAUUCACUCAGUCAGCAGCCUGUGUUGUACAGUCAUUCACUUGCUGUGUGUGUGGGAAAAGAUUCAUGGAAUCAACUGACCUGAUGAAUCACCAACAUGUUCACACUGGAAAAGAUUAUGCAGGUGUUAUGAACAUGAGAUUGGAUUCAUUAAUUCAUCCAAUCUCUGGACACACUAGUGAGUUCACACUGGGCUGAGACUGCUCAUCUGCUCCAUGUGUUGGAAGGGAUUCACUCAGUUGUUUAAACUUCUGACUCAUCAGUGAGUUCACACUGCAUGGAGUGUGUUUGUUUCUUCUGUGUGUCUCUGUGUAAAAGGAUUUGAUCAUCAUGACAACUGUUAAAAAUGUCAAUGACGAAGUGUCAAUUCCUGUCUGGAAACACAUUUCCUGAUAAUGGAUAUAGUAUUGAUCAGAUAUCCUGAAAUUCAUUUCAAAUUGUUAGAAUGUUGCUUCCUAUAAGCUAAAUAUACUUUGUGUUUUUACAGAAUUAUCUGUAUCCCUUUAAACAAACUCGGAAACAAGGAAACAAUGAGACAUUAGUUUCAUGUUUUUAUUUCUAGUACAUAACCCAUUACAUACCGAGACCAUGAGAUUACUGGAUACUCAUGGGAGUACUCAUCAGAAAGAGUUGUGAGCACAUUAUUCUAAUCUGAUCAGGCUGCUUGAAGUUCAAGGACAUUUUGCUUUUGUGUAUUGAUCCUUUUUGACUUUAGGAACAUUUCACUAACUUGAUGAUAACAUGUCAACACAUUCUGGUUAUUUGUUUAUCA